AUGGCUGAUGUUACUGCUAAUAACAUAGAAGAGACUACUCAACCUUCGUCUGAAGGUGCAGAUCAGACGUCGGUCCCACUACGUUUCCCCACUAUUGACCUUCAGACCUCUUUCGAAUCUCUACUUUCCCACUCCAGCACUUCUUCGGCCCAAACUGCAACCAUGGGACGAUCUACCAAUGUACCACCGUCUCUUGACGAGAGCUGGGCCUCACUUGACGCCUCCGACUUCUUCCAGGACGAAGAGCUGCAGUCAAACAAUGCCGAUACUGAGUCCUUGAUCGACCUCGGUAGCAACCAAGACACCGAGAGUGCAAACAACGAUGAUACAUUGAGCCAAACUCAACCCGAAGACGAAGAAGCCGAGAACAUAGUUGCUGUCGAGCCAGCUGAGGUUCAACAACAAGAUCGCACUGGACAAGAACCUUCAGAGGAAGACGAGCCUAUGGACGAUACAAUUGUGUUACAGAAAUCGAACGUCCAGCCUAACGACGACUCUGUCGAGCUUGAGUACAACUUCGUCUCAGCGAACAGCGUUCUACAAGCCAAGGAAACAAGACAAUCAGUACAAGAAACCAUCAGAAUGACUGUCGCUAAAUCUCCCCUGAAUUUGGCUGGUCACCCUUUCAAGGUGGCUUAUUAUGGUGCGGCCUCAACCCGCGGUACGAAAGACGAGCUGUUAGGCAAAAUUGGUGCUGCUCUGGUGUCCCCAAUCCCUAGAUCUCCUCGCAAGGCUAAGUCGUCGUCUGUCUAUAGUGUUGUGCCGACAGAGUUUGGCCCUGGUUCCAGACCAGCUUUUGCAGAUCUUAUCCCUUCUCAUGCUCAAAUGGCUGUGGACGACAUCUCUGUCAAGAAUUCUAUGCCAGAACAGCCCGGAAAUAUCCAGUUAGAGCUUGAGGAGGGCCUCACACUUGAAUCCCGACCUCGUCGACUGCUAAGGCAACCUAGUAGUCCUCCUUGGCGUCCAGACCUUCUCAUUGUUCAGAUUAGCCGUGACGAUAUCGCAGACUGUCUAUCUGCAGUUUCUGACAUUCUUGAAGUUGCUCGGCGGCAUCGGUGGCCUACUGUUGUGGUCACGACAGACACUGUACCGUCACAAUUCUCGCUGCUGGUUGACCAUGGCAUAACGAAGUCCUAUACCAUUGCGACAGUAGAUGGUACCUUGGAGAGAUCUGAGGCUGUUGACCUGGACACCUUCCUGUCAUUGGACACUGAUCAACUUAACCACUACUUGCAAUUUUUGACGGAAAAGUGUCAAGAGACCUCAAAAGUCAAGCCUCUUUUCGAAAGAGUCUGCGACCUUGCUCGUGAUAUAUAUCACACUGUCCAGCCAUUGACAGCGGUCACUGGUGAAAUACCAGGUUCCGACGGAAAGUACGAUCUAGUCGUGGUGCAGCCUGAGCACAAUCUGGAGCAGACUGAUUCCGACGUCUUCAAGAACAAAGAUUGGUCGUCGAUGAAGAUUCGUGACAUGGUUAAGGAUGUGCUUUUGAGCUGCACAAUAAUGUUGCUAGGCAUUUACAUCGCGAUCUUUUCUCACAAUCUAGUUUCCGAGGCGGUUACUUCUGUCGAGGCCAACACAACAAUGGCUGCUGCCCAGAAUCCGUCAACUUCCACAAGACUUGCUGCCACACCUUCAGCACUUAUCUCUCCUGCUGUUGAUGUCGCGCAGAUCGAGCAGGAUGUUGUUGUAUAUGGCCCUGUUCUUUUCGACCAAGUUUGGGAGCGUCUCACCGGGCGGACCUCUGCUGAGCAGCAUAAGUCUACAGUCUCUGAACCAGUAUCAAAAAUCCCACAAUCACCCGUAAGCAUCGACAUUGCCGAUACUGCCAGAGAGACUAGGAGCUAUGGGAAGAAAUGGAAAGAUGUCGUGGGAGCCAUGUAUGGGUCUUCGCAUACAACAGACCAACCACAGGCGGCGGAAGAAGGAUUCAAGGCUACUGUGAAAAAGCAGAAAUCUCCUGCGCAAGGGGGUAGCCUGCACAAGGUCGGAACAGUGAAGGAGACGCCCUCUCAUGCCUCCUCCGCAAUCCACGAACCUAAUCAAAUGGUGACGAAUUUCAGCCGUGCCGAUAGUCGGAAGAGGCCUUUUGCGUUCAUUAAGCAAGGAUUUGCCGAGACGUUGUUGUUUGAGAAAAUAGCUCGACGACAUAAGCUGAAAAUGGACAUGCGGGAUCAGAUCCGAAAUAUACAUCAGCAAGUGUCCGGUUUCAGCGCUGACGUGUCAAAGAAGAUGCAUGGCAUCGGCCAGCAGACGCAGGAUCAAUUCAUCGACAUAGUCAAGCAGUCUCAGACACAGUUUAGACGAGCAAAGUGGGCUGGUGAGAGGCGAUUGGAAACCAUCCUGGAUAAGCAGAAGAACUUGCUGGCCAAAGCACAGCAGCAAGCACACGUGCUUACUCACGAGGUACCGAAGCGGAAGAAGUCUUUCUUCCCAGGACGAUAG